UGUCAGCAGGAGCGAGCUUGUUCCUCUUUCUCUCUCCCCCUUUCUAACACCAAACGGGAAAGCAAGCCUCAAGUUCAGUGAACAUCCACAGCAUCUAGGAUUUCUCUCUCCUCAAAUUACUUCUGCAAAUGAAUACUGCCUAAUCUCCCCAAGAGAAUAAAAAAAUGGGCACUGGGGAUUAUAUCUGCAUCACCAUGACUGGAGGAGCACCCUGGGGCUUUAGACUUCAAGGUGGCAAGGAAGAAAAGCAGCCUUUGCAGAUUGCCAAGAUUCGCAAUAAAAGCAAAGCAUCCAAGGCUGGGCUGUGUGAAGGGGAUGAGCUGAUAUCCAUCAAUGGCAACCCUUGUGCUGACUUGACCUAUUCUGAAGUUAUCGCUCUGAUGGAGGGCUUGGCUGACACUCUCCAGAUGCUUAUUAAGAGAUCUUCCAGUGGAGUGAAUGAGACCUUCAGUCCUGAAACAGAAAAUGGCAGCAGUGACAUUAAAAAUGAGGAAUAUAAAGAGAGCACUACCCUGCAAAUCAGAACAGCAGCCCCCAGACCCCACCGACAACUGCAGAUCUUAGGGGCAACCCAUGAAACACUCCAGAAAGAACAGCAAAGCGAUGCCGAAAGAGAUAUCACCCCUUCUCACAAAAUCCCUCCCAAAGUGAUAGAAGCCCCUAAAACACACUUCAUAGAGAUGCCUGCUUUCACCAGGGAAAAGCCAGGACCGACAGUUGAGCUCCAGUUGUCCCUCUUGCAUGACAAACACAAAGGCAGCAGUGUUCCCAGCCUGACUGUCCUGGGAGCUGAGCAGCACAAGUCCUCAGAAGCUGGAGCCACCCUACCACAAGAUGGGACUGGCUGGCUGGCUGCAGGCUCCACGGCUGAAAAAGACCACGCUGUCCAGUGGUCAAGCAGAACAUUCCAGGCUGCUAGCGGCAAAGAAGUCAAAGCAGCCCUCAGAGCUGAGGCAAAGGAGCCGCCUCUCACCAAGGUAGAGGUGAUCCUAGACUGCUCUGACAGGGCAAAGGAAGAGUUUGGGUCUCUGGCCGAAAAGGGGUGUGUGGAUUCUCAAGUGGAAGGAGGGCAGUCAGAAGCACCUCCUUCUGUAGUCUCCUUCGGAAUCUCAUCAGAAGGCACAGAGCAGGGAGAAGACGACCAGCACUCUGAAAGGGAACAUAGCAGACCUCACAAACACAGGGCAAGGCACGCCAGGCUCAGACGGAGCGAGAGUCAGUCAGAGAAGCAGGUGAAAGAAGCCAAGUCUAAAUGUAAGAGCAUUGCCCUCUUGCUGACAGCAGCUCCAAAUCCCAAUUCCAAGGGGGUGUUGAUGUUCAAGAAGCGUCGCCAAAGAGCUAGGAAAUAUACGUUGGUCAGCUACGGGACUGGGGAGCUAGAGCGUUACGAGGACGAGGGCGAAGAAGACGAAGGUGAAGAAGGUGAGAAAGAGAACACUUUUGAGAUUACCUUGCUAGGCACGAGCGAGUCGGAAAUCGAUGAAGAUUUCUUCUCCGACAUUGACAAAGAAGACCGGAUUGUGACAUUUGACUGGGAUACUGGACUGCUUGAGGUUGAAAAGAAACCAAAAAGUGGGGACGAGAUGUCUCAGCUGCUUCCAGACAGCAAGGGCAAGGGGGCAGUCAUGUUUGCCAAAAGGCGUCAACGGUUGGACCAGAUCACGGCUGAGCAAGAAGCAAUGAGGAUGCAGGCAGGGCACAGCUCAUCUGAGGAACACCAGGCAGCCACAGCAACCGAGAGCACCUACAAAAUGAGCUCCUCCUCAUAUCAGGCAAAACAGGAAGAAUCUUCCAGGGUGAAAAGCCAUGUUAGCAAAAGCUACAUAGAAGUGAGCCACAGUCAUGGUGCAGCAAUCCAGCAAAAUGGCAUCGGGAUCACUCCCGAAGCAAACCUGAUGUACCCAUCCUCAGAAGCCCUUAAAACUGCUGCUUCCAACAGAACAGCCAAGCCUUUCCCUGGUGUACAAAACAGAGCAGCGGCUCCGUUUUCUCCCACCAGAAGCAUGGCGAGCCCUCUGUCAGAUCUCCCUGCGCCACCGCCUUACACUUCGGUCAGCCCACCCCCUGAAACCUUAUACAGAACUGUUUUGUCUCCAGUUGCCGCCAGUGCAGCGCAGCCGGCAAUAUGGUCUCCAACAGAGUCAACAGAACAGAUCGCAUCCAGGGAUGAAAGGAUCGCGGUGCCUGCCAAAAGAACUGGAAUACUGCAAGAGGCAAAGAGAAGAAGCACCGCAAAGCCAAUGUUUACUUUCAAAGACACCCCCAAGCUGAGCCCUAACCCUGCUCUUCUGUCCCUUGUACAGAAUACAGAAGGCAAAAAAGGUGCUGCUGCAGGCUUUGAAUCGGGGCCUGAAGAAGACUACCUCAGCUUGGGAGCAGAGGCCUGCAAUUUCAUGCAAAUCCAGGCAGCCAAGCAAAAGGUCCCACCUCCAGUUGCUCCCAAACCCUCGUUAAAGGUUUCUCCCACUGCCGCAAUGCCUGCUUCACCAGUCUGGUCACCUCCAACUGUGGCUGGUACUCAGCCUCCCAUCUUUCCAGCUCCAAACUCACCUGAAAUGGCAGCUCCAGCACCUGUCAAAACAGCACAACCUGCUUAUCCCCCUCCCCAAACUGGCAACGUAGCGCAACCUGCUUAUCCCCCUCCCCAACCUGUCAACAUAGCACAACCUGCUUACCCUCCUCCACAGCCCCCAAGUACUCUUAAGCUAGCCAGUCCUUUUAAAGGGCCUCAAACAGCAGCGCCACACCAAAAUUAUACACCCAAAACAACACCCACCACCCCAGUAGGAAAUGCUGUGCUUGCUGGAGGGGUGGGGCCAGCUUUUGAGAUGCCCCCAGCUUUGAGUGGGAAAGGAGCCCAGCUCUUUGCCAAAAGGCAAUCGAGGAUGGAAAAAUAUGUGGUAGACUCAGAAACCGUGCAGGCCAAUAUGGCGCGGGCCGGUUCACCAACUCCAUCUUUACCAGCAUCUUGGAAAUAUUCAUCGAAUGUUCGAGCACCACCACCUGUGGGCUAUAACCCCAUCUACUCUCCAUCUUAUCCUCUCGCUGCUACCAAGCCACAGUCAAAGUCCCCCGCUGCUGCCAAAACAACCAAGAAAAAGCCUAAGAAAGCACUUAGUUCCUUGGAAGUUAUGAAGCAUCAACCAUACCAGCUUAAUUCAUCCUUAUUUACUUUCCAACCUCCCUCUGAUAAUAAGGAAAGUGCGCUUCCUAAGCAGCCUGCGAAGUUUGACUCAGCGUCUGCCUCAAAGCAAGCUCUACCUUCAAGAUCGCUCAAUGCCGGUUCUCCUUCUAAUGUCCGGGAAUCUUCAGUGUACUCUGUACCAGCGUACCCUUCGCAACCUUUCUUCCAGUCGAAUGCCUCUAGCCCUGUCAUUGAGUCCUGUGCGUCGACAGGCUACCCUUCUUUUUCGAAGCAAGAACCAGCAGCAUCCUCUAUGUUUACUGCUCCCAGGCCAAAGUUCUCAGCCAAGAAAGUUGGUGUCUCAGCACAGGAAAGAGGCGGAGAACGGUCUUUAUCACUCUCUGGAUGGCCACCUUCAGCCACUUCACGAUCCAUGUCCCCUGUCUCUCCUGUGGUGUUCCAACCAGCUCCUGAUUAUUUUAGCAAACCACCUCCUGCAGCUGAUAAGCCUGGGAAGAGGCUGAGUCCUUGGGAAGCAGCCGCCAAGUCCCCUCUUGGGCUGGUGGAUGAUGCCUUCGGCCCACAGACCAUUCAAGAGUCGAUCGCUGCAAAUGUUGUGUCUGCCGCUCGCCGGAAAACACUGCCUGCGCCGCCGGAUGAGUGGAAACAAAAAGUGGCUUAUGAGCAUCCUGCUCCGAGUGCCUGUGCAAAAUUAGCUUCGUUUGGAAGGAGCCAGUCAGCGGCAUUUUCCCCUGCAAAGAGCACAGUGUCUGCUCCGAGCUCCGCUGCCCCCUGCAGCUCUCGUCUACAGUAUGCAUACUAUGGCCAACGUGCCCAGACAGAUCCUGACAUGGUCUCCAUGGAUUCCAGGUCUGAUUACUACCUGUCACUAGCUGACUCCAACUAUAAUCCACUUCCAAAGGGAUGGAGGCGCCAAACAUGAAAAGCCGAAGACCCUGUUUCAGCUUCUCUUCCUGAAGUUCUACAAGUCUUAGAUUCGAGGGUGAAUUGAAAAUGUGAAGAAGUGUGUGGGACAGGUGUUUGCUGGCCUGAUAAUAUAUUGAUAAAAGAGUUCAAGCA